AUGGAGGAAAUCAUGGCAGUCCACUCGAUGCUUCAUCUGAUCUUUCAUCGCAAUAAGAAUCAGCAUCGUCGAACCAAGUGGUGGAAAUGGCUAUCCAUUUUGAAACGCGCCACCUUGGAUCUCACCCGAUCGGGGGUAAAAUCCCGCUUCGUCACAAUAAUCCCAAAAUGCUACAUUGCUUUUUCAACUGUCGUAGCCGAUAACCAAUUCUCUGCCCUUGGAAUCGUGCUGCUAGCCGCGUUGGCGCGACUGUCCAAAGUCACCGGGAUCAGUCAUCAGCUGAAGAUGCAGCCUGUGACAAGCAAGUCCAAGAUUAUUCCUGUGGUAAAGGAGGAUCUUGGGGAGAGUAUACAUCGGAUUGGCAAUGCGCUACUCACUCCGGCCAAGGCUUCCCAGUCUUAUUCCAAGGUCUCCAAAGAGAAGCCCAUGGAAAAGCCCACGGAGGACGGUGUUUCAAAGAGUUCAUCGAAAAGGAAAAAGAAGAAGAACGCCAUCGAUGAUUUGUUCAGCGGUUUAUUUUGA